AUGAACGUGUCAUCGGCCAAUGCGACGGUGGUUUUACAGUAUCGAGACUCCUUCACUAAAGCUGUGAUCAAGAAUCUGAUUAUUGUGGGUCUCUGGAUCUCCGUCAACUACAUCAAUGCAGGCCUCAUUCACACCUUCUGCAAACACCAGAUCUUCUACAUGAAUCCUCGAUAUGUACUUUUCAUUCACCUGGUUGUCAACGACAUGGUCCAAAUGUCAUUAACCGUCAUCCUGUUCAUCAUCAGCUACACCGUCUACCAAUUAAAUGUCCCCAUGUGUUGUAUCCUCAUCCUGCUCGCUCUUUCCACCACUGAAAACACUCCUCUGAACCUGGCCUGCAUGGCGGUGGAGUGCUACAUCGCCAUCUGCGUCCCCCUUCGCCACGUGCAAAUCUGCACCGUCAACAGAACUUUGAUGCUGAUUGGUUCAAUUUGGACGACGAGCAUUUUUUCUGCUCUUGCUGAUCUGUUCAUCACUCUGGCCACGGAGCCACGGGACUUCUUCUACUCCAAAAUCUUCUGUCAAACACAAACUGUCUUCCCAAAUCCAGUUAUCAUCAAGAAGAGAGAAAUCACAUAUGCCGUGUUCCUAGUUCUAGUUUGGAUCACUAUAUUUUUCACUUACUUCAACAUCCUUUUCACGGCGCAAACAGCUAGCAAAGAUGCUAAAAAGGCCAGAAACACCAUCUUUCUCCACGGGUUUCAGGUGCUGCUGUGUAUGACAACAUACGUAGCGCCCCAGUUAACAAUUGUUCUGCUGCGGAAUAAUUACGUAGACACCGUUUUUUAUGUUCAUCUUAUUAUCCAGGUCCUGCCGCGAGCCUUUAGUCCAAUCAUCUAUGGCGUACGGGACACAACUUUCAGGAAGUACCUGAAAAGAUAUCUGUUGUGCAAAAUGAGCCCACAGUAG